AUGGCCACUGAUGAUGGUCAUCCAGAAAUCUAUCCUUUAGUAUUAACUACCCAGACCCAGGAAAUAUUUAACUGCCGAAUAGAUGAAGAUAUCACAGAUGAACAACCUUAUAAACUUAUCAAAAAAGAAGAUAUUUUUGCAGACUUUCAGAACAGAGCUGCAGUAUCUGAUUUCCAUCCAGUCAAAAAAGUUAUCCAGGAAUAUCCUGGAGAUGAGCUUCUGGUUGUUUAUGACAAAGACUUCAAAUAUGGACUUAACUUUUAUCUUAUUGGAACUGAAGAGGGCAAAGAAAACUAUUUAAAUUCCCCAGAAGUACCAGAAGAACAGGAAGAAUAUAAAGAGCAUAUUCCAGAAGAUGUAUACAUUUAUAAGCCACCUAUCUCUAAACCAUGGGUUUCUUUGGGCAGUGAAAAAGAAAUUGAGGAAGAAUUGGUUAAGGAAUCUACAAAGCAGAUUACAUAUAUGAUUUCUCGAAAACGAAGUGAGUUUGGAGCGCCAAUUAAGUUCAGUGACCAAAAUGCUUCCAGUGUAAAAGAUGCCUAUAUUGAAUGUACAGCCUACCCAGAUGGACAUUUUGCCCUUAAGCAACUUGAGAAAGAUGUUGGCAUGCAAGUAGUCCCCAAAGUCAAGGACACAAGCACCCAAACAAGAUGGACAUAUCCCAAAAAUGCCAUUACACAAUAUUAUCCAAGAGAAUUAUCAGAGGAGGAAAAAGAGACAUUUGGACAAUCAAAGCCUUUGAGUGACUUUCUUAACAACACAUGUAUAAGUGUUGAAAUAGCCCUGCAGCAAAAUGAAAUCAUGAACACAUUUAUUGAUGACUGGAAGUGCCUGGCAGAAGAAGAAAGCUCCUUUGGAGACAAAACCGAUACGCACCUGAAAGAGUACCAGUCCUUUACCGACCUCCAUAACCUGACAGAGAAGAUGAUCACCUCCGUCUCGUGGCAUCCGACCAUCUACGGCCUAAUAGCUGUGUCCGUGGCUGUACGACUCUCCCUUGAAGAGAGAGUCCAGUUUUCUGGUAAACUGUUGCUGCAACCAUCACUGAUUCUUUUCUGGAGUUUCUCGGAUCCCAUACAUCCUCAGUUAAUGCUGGAGAGCCCAGAUGACAUCUUUUGCUUCAAGUUCUGUCCAAGUGACCCUAAUAUCAUUGCUGGAGGCUGCAUAAAUGGGCAGAUUGUCAUGUGGGAUAUUACUGCGCAUGCAGAUCGCAUAGAAAACAUCAAGACAGGUGGUAGUAGAAGUAAAAAAGUCACACUCAAGCCUAUGUUUCUCCUUGAACCAGACAGUAAUAAAGAAGCAACAUAUAUCAGACAUUGUGCAGUCUCCUCAAUAGAAAAUGGUCAUAAGAAAGUAAUUACAGAUAUACAUUGGCUGUCUGACACAUUUGAGAUUAACAGAUUGGGUGCUGUCUUUGAGAAUCGAAAUGGAAUAUGCUGUCAACUUGUCACAUGUUCAGCUGAUUGCACAAUAUGUUUUUGGGAUAUCAGACCACAGAAAGCUUUAACCCCACAAUUAAUAGAGAAAAAGAAAGAAGAACAUAUUGAAAUUCCUUUGGAUGUACCAUCUACUUUUUUGCAUCUCGAUCUCUCCUGGAAACCUCUCACGAAGAUAAGGCUGUCUAAAGGUGAAACAAGUUUAGACCACUGCCCAACCAAGAUCAGCCUGAGUGAAGAUAAUCUCCUUUACAAAGCACAAGACAAAAUAUUAGCCCAGAGCAAAGCAGUGAAGGCGGGAGAGAUGAACCCAUACCACAAUCUGGAAGCUGGGUUGGCCAAUCAUCUCAAGCCAUUAGAAGACUUCUGCACAAAGUUCUUUGUGGGAACAGAGGAAGGUGGAGUGAUAUACACAGAUUGGAAAAUGGAAAGAGACGCUGAAACUGGCCGAUUGAUGACAAAGAAGCCAGUGAGCCUCUACACUAUCCAUGAUGGAUCUGUCCACACUGUUCAGAGGUCACCUUUUUACAAGGACAUUAUCCUCACCAUUGGGGGAUGGAACGUGGCCAUCUGGAAAGAAGGUGUUAUGACUGGACCCCUCCUUCAGUCAUCCUGUGCACCAAAAAGGUAUACUGCAGGCCACUGGUCCCUGACAAGGCCUGGAGUUUUCUAUAUUGGCCGAGAAGAUGGAUACAUUGACAUCUGGGACCUUCUGGAGAAAACUCAUGAGCCAGCCCUGUCACAAAACAUCUGCAUAACUAUGAUCACCUACAUCAAACCCUGGACCUUCUCUGCUAAGCAGCAAUUUAUAGCCAUAGCUGAUUAUUAUGGAACACUGCAUAUAUUGGAAAUUCCUUGGACGUUAAGUCACCCCUCCACCAAUGAGGUAUCAAGCAUGAAUCACUACUUUGAAAGAGAAGUCAAGCAUCUGGAAUAUAUAGAGGAACGAAAGAAAAUUCGUGAACAAGAAAAGAAGGAAAUGGAGCUGGAACUUGAGAAGACAAAAGUUAAAACGUAUCAGAAGUCAAAGGAACAGUUGGAGGCUGAAUUGAAAAUGGACUAUGAGAGUUACUUAGAACUGGAAAAGAACACCCUCAUCAACCUUGGCUUCAUCAAAGUGAAAGAGACGAUGUCAUUCAUGGACUUGUAGAAAAGCUUUCUACAAGGGUGUUUUGGGGAUUUUGUAGGACUUUCUUUUCUUUUUAUUCAUCAUUUUUUAUGUAAGGUGAACUAGCAAACUAAACAUUAAAUGGGUUUACUUAUAAAUAGUAGCCUUUUAUGUCACUGCUAUUAAAAAUUGUUUUAUAACAAUAAGAUCUGUUUUGAUUUUUGGAUUGAAUGUGUACUGAAAUUUGUACUGAAUAUGAAAGUUACCAAUAACGGAAUUUUCAUUUUCCUAUAGUAAUCCCUUCACCCCCCUGUCCUUGAUGUCUACUUAGAGCCCCUAAUCCCAGAGAGAAGUGGAAAUCAAACUUUGUUCCCAAUUACCAGGUUGCUUUUGGUUGCCCCUCCAAACAGCGCUCCCACCCCCUGGGGCCUCU